UUUGAGAUUUAUUUUUGUCUACUUUCCUUUAUCAGGUUACUUGUUACUCUUCUCCAGUCUUCGAGAAAUCAUUGACAUUUGGUCAGGAUACAUAUUUAAUAUAAAAUUUUUUUAAAAAAAAAUAAGAUGAGUCGUAUUUUAUUAAAACGUAUUUCGCCGGAUAAUUUUUUGACAAAUGGCUCUAAACUUCAGCAUACAAGUGCAUUAAAAUCAAUUAUUCAACCACAAUUAGAAGCAAUCAAGGAAGCUGGAACAUGGAAAUCAGAAAGAAUAAUAGCUUCACCUCAACGAACACAAAUUUCAUUGUUAAAUGGAAAAAAAGUUCUCAAUUUUUGUGCCAAUAAUUAUUUAGGACUAUCGGAUCAUCCUAAAGUAAUUGAAGCAGCAAAAAAAGCACUCGAUCAAUAUGGAGCUGGAUUAAGUUCAGUAAGAUUUAUUUGUGGUACACAAAAAAUUCAUAAACAAUUGGAAAAUAAAAUUACAGCCUUUCAUAAAAGAGAGGACACAAUAGUUUAUGCCUCGUGUUUUGAUGCAAACGCUGGAAUUUUUGAAACUCUUUUAACAAAUGAGGAUAGUGUAAUUAGCGAUGAAUUAAAUCAUGCAUCGAUUAUUGAUGGAAUUCGUCUUUGUAAAGCUAAAAAAUUUAGAUAUAAACACAGAGAUAUGAAUGAUUUGGAAGAAAAACUCAAGGAAAGUACAUCGUCACGAUUAAAAUUAAUUGUAACUGAUGGUGUUUUCUCUAUGGAUGGAACUGUUGCACCAUUGAAGGAUAUAAUAGAGCUUGCAAAGAAAUAUAAUGCUUUAACAUUUGUUGACGAUUGUCAUGCAACUGGAUUUUUCGGUGAGACUGGUCGGGGAACUGAAGAGUAUUUUAAUAAUGUUGGUGGCAUCGAUAUAAUAAAUUCAACUUUAGGAAAAGCUUUAGGAGGAGCAGCUGGUGGUUAUACUACAGGAUGUAAGGAAGUAAUUGAUUUAUUAAGACAACGCAGUCGACCCUAUUUAUUUUCAAAUUCACUACCACCACCAGUUGUAGCUUCAGGAAUUCAAGUGAUUGAUCUCAUAUCGGAUAGCACUGAAUUUCUCGAUCAAAUUACGGAAAAUACUCAAUUAUUUAGAAGUAGAAUGACAUCAGCUGGUUUUAAAAUUAGUGGCGAUAAUCAUCCAAUUUGUCCUGUUAUGCUUGGCGAUGCAAAAUUGGCAUCAAAAUUUGCUGAUAAAAUGUUGGAAAAAAAUAUUUAUGUUAUUGGCUUCAGUUAUCCAGUUGUUCCUAAAGAAAAGGCGAGAAUACGCGUUCAAAUAAGUGCAGCACAUUCAAAAGAAGAAAUUAAUAGAGCAGUUGAUGCAUUUAUCGAAAUUGGAAGGGAAUUAAAAGUCAUUAAUUAAUUAAUUAUUAUUAAGAAUUAAAAUUAAAAAAUUCUCUAUUCAAAAAUACAUUUUUUUAUAAAAAUAUUUACUUUUUCAAAUUUUUUAGUUUUUGUUAUACAAAAAAAGUAAAUUUUAUAUUGUACAAGAAU